AGUUCCACAAUGUCCUCUUCUACAACCUCUUCUCAUGCCUCCUUAAUUUUUUCUCCUAGCCACGACCAGCCUCUUCUUAUUGGUACCACAUCUGCGGCCUGCACACUUCAAAACAAGACUAUCUCUGCUCCAUCUUUUCCUUCGGCCAGUCCUCCCCAUACCCCGCAGGCACAAAGCAGCUCUGCUGCUUCUGCCUCAGAUCACAGCCCAACCUCUGCCAUCCAUCACCAGACCGCAAACUCCGGCCCCUCUUCAUCCUGCAGCUCACCCGACAGCCCCCCAGGCUCUCCACAGUCAGUCUCUUCUUCGAAUGAGCCUACUUCCACAGUCACUAAGAGUCCUUCUCCCGUUGUGAAUAUUCGUCCUAUGCAAGUCCAGAAUUUUUAAACCCAAAACAAUUUUUACCUUAAGCACAGUUGUUCACACACCUGAUCCCACAUAUUUUUCUGUUGCAAAUAAACAUCUUGAGUGGAGAGCUGCUAUGGCAGAAGAAUUUAAUGCCCUUAUCUCUAAUCAUACUUGGGAUUUAAUUCCAUUUGAUGCCAAUAAGAAUGUGGUUAGGUCUAAAUGGAUUUAUAAGACUAAAUAUCUGGCUGAUGGGUCUGUUGAUAAUUAUAAAGCUCGCUUGGUUGCACAGGGGUUUAAUCAGCAGGCAGGUAUUGAUUUUACUGAGACUUUUAGCCCUGUUGUUAAACCUACUACUAUUCGGCUUGUUCUUACAUUAGCAGUGUCGUUUGGUUGGCCCAUACGUCAACUAGACGUCAAAAAUGUUUUUCUUCAUGGUCAUCUCACGAAGGAGGUAUAUAUGUGUCAGCCACCAGGUUUCGUUCAUCCCCAGUUCCCUCAUCAUUUGUGUCGACUUCGUAAAGCUAUUUAUGGUCUUAAACAGGCACCUCGUGCCCGGUUUCAUCGUUUUAGUAGCUUUCUCCUUUCUCAUGGUUUUGGGUGCAGCCGGUCAAAUAAUUCUUUAUUUAUUUUUCGACGUCAGUCUGAUAUUAUUUAUCUUCUUCUGUAUGUUGAUGAUAUUAUAGUUACACGCAAUUCCCCAAAUCUAGUCUCUCAUUUUUUAUCCCUUCUUGCUAAAUGUUUUGCCAUGAAGGAUUUGGGGGAUUUGCAUUUUUUUGGGCAUUCAUGCGACUCGGACUCCUUCUGGGGUUAUUUCUUUCCCAGCAUAAGUAUAUAUUUGAUCUACUUCUUCGUUUUCACUUCCAUACGUUGAAAUCUAUCCGCUCUCCUCUUCCGAGUCGCACCAAACUCUCCUUUACUGAUGGAGAGCUUCUUGCAGAUGCCACGGAGUACAGGAGUAUGGUAGGUGCAUUACAGUAUUUAACUUUGACUAGACCAAAUAUUACUUUUGUUGUACACUUGGUUUCUCAAUUUAUGCAUGCCCUCUCUGUACUUCACAUAUGUUGGUUGUUAAGCGUAUUUUCAGGUAUCUACAGGGCACUUCCACGCAUGGACUUCUCCUCCAGGCUUCUCGUGUUCGUCCAGCUCUUAUCUCUUAUUCAGACGCCGACUGGGCUGGCUGCCCUGACACUGGUCGUUCUACCUCAGGCUAUGUUAUUUUCCUAGGGCCUAAUCUGAUUUCUUGGCGUUCCAAGAAGCAGCCUACUGUUUCCAGAUUUUCCACUGAGGCUGAAUAUCGAGCCGUUGCAUGCAUUUACUGUUCAAGAUACUAUUCAUGUUCGCUCGGUGUUAUUUGAGUUGGGCUUUCCCGUUUGUGACCCGACUUUGCUUUACUGUGACAAUGUUUCAGCAUCAUAUCUCUCAGUUAAUCCGAUUCCUCAUGCUCGCAGUAAGCAUAUUAAUAUAGACUAUCAUUUUGUUCGUGAACGAGUGGCUCAUGGAGAUCUGCGUGUGAAAUAUGUUCCUACUCAGGCUCAGCAGGCAGAUAUUUUUACUAAGUGUUUAUCUCCUCAACGGUUUGUUCUUCUUCGUGACAAUCUGCGCAUUGUUUCCCCUGCACAGCUUGAGGGGGUGCAAUAGAGUAUAUUUUAUAUUUAUUUAUUAUUAGGGACUCCUAUUGUAAUUAUGACAUUUAUUCUACUCCGUAUUAUAUAUAUAUAU